AUGAUUUCCUCCGUUUUUCACCCACAGGAACAAAUGAAACCUGGAGCCUCGCUCCUAAACCAGAGCAGGCCCCACCCUCAGGAGGUUAUUGUCUCUGAGAAAAUCAGGCCUUUGAACACCGCCAAUGCAAUUGAGGCAGGCUUACCUGUCCUGGUGCAGCAUUCCUCCUCUAUGAUGGCUGCUCAACCCGCAGGGCGACUUAUCCCCACCAAUGUGCGGCCACCCCAGUGCCUCGCGGCAGCAGCGGUUGGCAGCGCCUACAUCCCCCCUGCACUCACUGGCUCUCCCUUCUUUCACGCAGCGCCAUCGGCGCCACCGUGCAUAUCCCGAAAUCCAAAGGCCCCUACCCUUGCUGCCCUGACACACCGGCUGGGAGCUCCGAUAUUCUCAGAGGAGGCAGCAGAGAUCAAAAACUGCGCCGGGUUCGACGGUCAAUCAUCCGAGCAGCAACAGCAGACGGAAGCAACAAUGAGUAAUGGCACGCGGCUUAGAGGUUUGAGCCCGAUUCAAACAGGUGUCUCUUGGCCCCCUCCGAACUCUGUGUCUGUGGACUACGGCAAUGUACGCAGUGCCAUGGAUGCCGCGGGCACGGCGCUCGCGGGCAUGAGCUGCGUUCUGCCAACAAACAACGGCAGCGGAGGUCUCUCUGUCAUCUCCGUUCCCAGUCACGACGCGCCGUUGUACAACAAAGUAGCAGAGGAUCUCUCGCGAUCUCUUAAAGCGAUGGGCUGCUUCUCCGUCGCAAACAAGACGGCCGCCGCCCUCAGCAAGCAAUUGCUGGGGUCCACAAAAAAAAGGGAGCAAGAGAAACAGAAGCAGCAGGCGGAUGCAGCAGCAGCAGCAGCUGCUGCUGCCGCAGCGGCGGAAGCGGCCAGUGAGAGGGAACGACUGGCUAGAGAGGCAGAGCAGAGGGCUAAAGAAGAGGAGGACGCUCGUAAGCAGCUGCAAGACAUGGAUGUAUCCCAGCUGCUUUGUUUGGCGGGACCCUCUCCUGCACAGAUCAGGGAGCAGCGCGAACGCGAGGCGGCCAUGUGGAGAGAGCAGCAUGUGCUACAGCAACAGCAGCAACAACAAAUAGAACAGCAACAGCCGCCGCAAGAGUUCAUAGCUAGAUUGGCGCUUGCUUGUGUUGCAACAGAGUAUCCUACGGGUGAGAUUUUCCAACAAGCAGACAGGGAAAGCCUGCGGCAGCAAAUCUUGAUACAGGAGCAACGCAUAGCACAGCUGCAUCAGCAGCUAAUGGAACAUCAGGAAGCGAGGGAGCAGCAGAGAAGAAGAGAACAACAACAGCAAGAGCAGUAG